AUGACAAAACUGAAAAGCACUAAAAAGGCGCAGCAGACAAAAGCUGUGCUAGCUCAUUCUGCACAUAUAUCUUAUUCUCUUGUUGAUCUUGAUUCAAGUAAGGAAUAUGUUGAUUCCAAUGAUAAUUCAAAAGAAAGUUCAGAUGACAAUUUUAUGGAGCUGGACGACCUUGGUGAUGCGAAUUUAAUAAUUGAAACUUUGACAAGAAAAAAUAAGGCCUUCAAAGAAGCGGCUAUAGAAAGUUAUAAAAUUACUCAAUUUUUUUCUAAUGCUCUACCAAUGGUAAAUAAUGAUCAGAGUUAUAAAAACUUUCAAGACCAGAAUAAUCAGGGUGAUGAUGAAUUGAACAAAGAAUUGAACAAAGAAUUAGACAAAAAGAAAAAAAAAUCUGCA